CGCCCUUCUUCAAUCCUCCAACUUUAUUUACACCCAGCAAAGGACUGCAGUUAGACUCAUAUCUCACCCUGUAAAUCAGGAAAACACCAUCAGCCAUGUCCGCCGUCAGCAGCUCAAACACAGCUUUUGCCUUGGAGCUGUUCCGCACUGUGAGCCAGACAAACCCUGCUGGGAACAGCUUUGUCUCUCCUCUGAGCAUCAGCUCAGCCCUGGCCAUGGUCUACCUGGGAGCUAAAGGAGACACUGCAGCUCAGAUGGCUCAGGCCCUCUCAUUCAGCUCAGGUGAAGGCGUCCAUGCAGACUUCCAGAAACUGAACGCUGACAUCAACUCACCAUCUGCAUCCUACAUCCUGAAACUAGCCAACCGUCUUUAUGGAGAAAACACUGCCCACUUCCUCCCAGACUUCCUUGAAGCCACACAGAAGUACUACCAGGCAGACCUGAAGGCUGUGGACUUCAUCGGAGCUCCAGAGGCGUGCAGAGCAGAGAUCAACAGCUGGGUCGAGCAGCAGACAGAAAAUAAGAUAAAAGACCUUCUGAAGCCAGGAACAGUCAACGCAGAUACCAGACUGGCUCUGGUUAAUGCUGUCUACUUCAAGGGCAACUGGAGGAACCCAUUUGAUGAGGCAAACACCAAAGAGAUGCCCUUUAAAAUCAAAAAGAAUGAGACCGUACCAGUCCAGAUGAUGUACCAGAAGAAGAAGCUUCCCUACAACUACAUUGCUGACCAUGAUUUGCAGAUCCUGGAGCUGCCCUAUGUGGGUGAGGAGCUCAGCAUGUUCAUUCUGCUGCCUAAGGAGUCCUCAGACAGCUCAGACCCUCUGCUGAAGCUGGAGAAGGAGCUAACACAGGAGAGGCUGAAUGAAUGGACCGACAGGAAAAGCAUGAACAGCUAUUCAGAAGUUGUCCUUCACCUGCCAAAGUUCAAGCUGGAGGAAGACUACGAGCUGAAUGAUCCUCUGGCUAAACUGGGUAUGAAGGACGUGUUCUGUGCAGGAAAAGCUGACCUGUCUGGCAUGAACGGUGAAGGGAGGCUCUUCCUGUCUACGGUGGCCCACAAGGCCUUUGUGGAGGUGAACGAGGAGGGCACAGAGGCCGCUGCAGCCACAGGUGCUAUGAUCAGCGCUUGUUGUUAUAUACCGGACACGCCCUUCACAGCAGAUCACCCCUUCCUCUUCUUCAUCAGACACAAUAAGACCAAGUCCAUCCUGUUCUUUGGCAGAUUCUCAUCUCCUCAGUAGACAGAAGAGAGAGAUGAUGCUGCAAUUCAAAUAAAUAAAUCACUGAAAUAAAGGACAUUGAGUUUUGUGUUGUGAUGUUUUGCUAAUUCUGAAACUGUAUUUUUCACUGAAAUAUUUAACUACUUAUCAGACACGUUUGUGUGCCUUCUAUAAAAUAUUUUGCUUUUCAAAAGAGAUGGUACUUGUAUAAAAGCACAAAUUCUAGUAGAUGGAAAGGCCCCAGCAAUGCUGAAAAAUAUAUACAGUUAUUACAGCAGCAUAUUUUUCAGGGAAGGCCUUUUAUGUUACACCAUGAUGACGCUAAACUGCAUACUGCAGGUAUUACAACCACAAUGAAAAAUGAGCAGUUGGAAUCCAACAUCACAAAAAAAAUCUAGCAGCUGCUCGCGUCACAUGUUUACAGGCUUGUUAAAAGACGAGGGAAUGCUACACAGGGGCAAACACUCUGUACCAACUUUUUUGAGACAGUCAUGAUGCGCUUUACUCAAAAUUAUCAGUUUUUCUCAGUUUAAACAUCUGAUGUGUUUUCUGUGUUUUGCUGAGAAUAAAA